UUUUCAUUGUUUACAAAAUCCCCCAGUAUUUUUGUUUCUCUUUGCGUUAAAUACUUCCCAACUCAUAACAGUGCAUGUGAAUGCUCAAUUUUUUGCUUGCUAGAGAUAGAGAGGAAAAAUGAUUUCAUUGCAGAAACCAUUUCUGUUACCCAACAACAAUUCAUCAUUAUCAUCAUCACCGUUGUCAUUUCUAUCUCAAAGUAAAACUAUCAAAGAAAUCCAACAAUUUCAUUCUCUCACAAUCAAAACAAGCCAUUAUUAUUUCCGUCAAAGCCCCCCAUUACUUGGAAUUCUUCAUUCUUGUUGUACUAUAUUUCAGUCUUCAAAAAAUUCAAUUUCAAUUCAUGAUGUUAAUUACACUCUUUCUCUAUUUAAUCAAUUACCCAUAUUGAAUUCUUCUUUUAUUUACAAUUCACUGAUUAGAGCACUGACUUUGGUCAAUCAACCUCAACAAGCUUUCUUACUCUUCUACUCUAUGCUCCAUGAAAACACUGAUACUCUACUUUUUAAUAAAUUUACUUUCCCUUCUCUACUUAAAUCUUGUGCUCAACUUUAUGGUACUGGAGAAGGUCAACAAGUACAUGGGUUUGUUCUGAAAACUGGGUUUGCCUCUGAUUUAUAUGUUCGUAAUUCUUUAAUUUAUAUGUAUGCAAAAUGUGGAGAAAUUGAGAGUGCUUGUAAAGUGUUUGACGAAAUUCCUGUCAAGGAUAAGAAUGUUGUUACUUGGAAUACUAUGAUCAGUGCAUUAGUUAACUCGGGUGAUAUUGAUUCUGCUAGUAAAUUGUUUGAUGAAAUGCCUGAGAGAAAUGUUGUGUCGUGGAACUGUAUGAUUGAUGGAUGUACUAAACAGGGUUUACUGUGGGAGGCUUUUGAGUUGUUUGUUGAAUUGCAGGAGGUUUCAGGUUUGGAAGACUCUACGUUAAUGAGCAUUAUUUCUUUGAUUUCUGAUCUGGGUCUUCUUAGUUUGGCAAAGAGGGUUCAUGGGUAUAUUAUUCGUCAUGGGUUCUCACUGGAGGAUGGUCUUGGUGUGGCAUUGAUUGAUAUGUACUCGAAAUGUGGAAAUGUACACAAUGCCAUGGAAGUAUUUAAAGGUAUCAACAACAAAAAUGUGGGUCAUUGGACAUCGAUAAUUGUUGGGUUUGCAGCUCAUGGAUAUGCUGAAGCUUCUCUUCGUUUGUUCUCGGAAAUGCAAAAGUCAGGGGCAAAGCCUAAUGCAGUAACCUUCAUUGGUGUCCUGAAUGCCUGUAGACAUGGCGGUCUAGUGGAAGAAGGGUUAAAGAAAAUCAAGCUUAUGAGACGAGCAUAUAAAAUAGAGCCUACUAUCCAGCAUUACGGAUGCUUGGUUGAUCUUCUAGGACGUUCAGGUUUCCUGAGAGAAGCAAAAAUGGUAAUUGAGAGUAUGGUAACGGAACCUGGACCAGUAAUUUGGGGCACACUGCUUGCUGCAUGUAGGAACCACGGAGAUAUUGAGAUUGGAGAGAUUGCAUUGAAGAAAUUGUCUGAUUUAACACCAGAUUAUGGUGGUGGGUAUGUUCUUCUGUCUAAUCUGUAUGCGAGAUCGGGAAGGUGGGAGGAUUUUGGGAAAACAAGAGGGGUGGUUGGGAAAAGGGGGUUAGAGAAAGGGCCUGGAUUAAGUUGGAUAGAAGUGGAUGGUGAAAUCCAUGAAUUUGUGGUGGGAGAUAAUUUUCAUUCAAGGAGUGAUGAAAUCUAUAGGUUGUUGGACGGAAUUGAGUGUAAGUUGGGAUGGACAGAGCUAUAACUCAGCUGUAACAGUUGAUCAUCAGGGACAUCGACUAGAAAACCUGCGGAGGGCACAGAACAGGUUUGACUUGGACCAGACAUUUCAGACCGAAAUCUCAUAUACCAGGGGGUUAAAUUUUGUUACACUGGUAUGCAUUUUUGAUUGGGGUCAUAUGACUCGUAUCUCUUUUUUAUACCAUUAGCGCCAACAAUGGAAGCCAGUCAGAUUGGACAGAUGUUGUGUCAACCAUAGCUGAAGUUGUACCAUACAUACACCAGAGAGGUGAAGAAAUCAGAUUUCUCUGAGAAUGCUGUUGACAACCUUCUUCUUCACUCACAGGAUAAAGGUUAAACAUUAGCAAUCAUCAAGAUUCAACCUAUCUCCUUUCUGAUAACUUGGAUGAUGCAGUGAUGGGGUUCUGGUGUUGCUGCUCGUGGGUUACUGAUAUCAAAUUAGUUGGUCCAAUUUACUCGCAGAUUGAUUAUGGCGUUCCAGUGUAAGUUGUACAUAGCUUACUGGAGUUAAUUUCUGAAAUGUUAGAGAUUCCUUGAUUUUAAACUUAUCAAAUUUCUUUCUUAUCCUUCCUUAACUAAUAAAAAAGAGGCAAAAUUUACAUUUGUUUCGCAUUCUUUG